GCGGGUUAGGGAGCUUCUGUGGCGCCGUGCUUUCGUUCGGCGUGGAUGGGAGCAGGUCAAUUUGGCACACUCGGUUUUAGAGGGUGCUGCAGUUCAUUGCACUAAGAUCGCGGGUUGUUGGGGAGCGGCGGGUUUGAUUCGGAGCGGUCUUUUGUCCCCGGCAGAAGCGUCUGUUGUAUUUGGGAUUCACGUGGCGGGCCCAGCGCAAGCGGCAGGAAGAAAGUUGCACACCGCGCUGUGGGAGAUGCCAGGCGAGCUUGUUGAAGAAAUGGCCCGGCUUCAUUUGGAAGACGGCUCUUCAUUUGAAGGCAGGCUUUUCGGCGCAAAUACCGGCGUCUCUGGCGAAGUGGUUUUCCAGACUGGAAUGGUGGGUUACCCUGAGGCCCUGACGGAUCCAUCAUAUUAUUCCCAAAUACUUGUCCUUACCUAUCCGCUAAUUGGGAACUAUGGUGUACCAAAGGAUGAAGGUGAUGAACAUCAGCUCAGUAAGUGGUUUGAAUCAUCCAAAAUUUAUGCUGCAGCACUGGUGAUCGGCGAACAUUCAGAAAACCCAAGUCACUGGAGUUCAGUCCACUCGUUGGGCCAGUGGUUGAAAGACCAAGGAAUUCCUGCAUUAGAGGGAAUUGAUACAAGACGCCUCACAAAGAAGAUUCGGGAAAAAGGCACAAUGUUAGGGAAGAUUGUGAUAAAUGGGAUAGAUCCAAAUACUCUUCCUUUUCAUGAUCCAGACAAACUAAAUCUGGUGAAGGAAGUUUCCAUCAAGGAACCCAAGGUAUACAAUCCCUCUGGAAGUGUGAAAAUCUUGGCUGUGGACUGUGGGAUGAAGUAUAACCAGAUCAGAUGCUUGUGUAAGAGAGGAGCUUCUGUAACUGUAGUACCGUGGGAUUAUCCUUUGAAGAGUAACGAAUUUGAUGGGUUAUUUAUCAGCAAUGGACCAGGAGAUCCAGAGUAUUGUCGACAGACAAUUAGCAAUGUGAGGAAGAUCAUUUCUGAAGAAAAUCCUAAGCCUUUAUUUGGAAUUUGUAUGGGACAUCAGAUCCUUUCAUUGGCAGUUGGAGCCAAAGUUUACAAGAUGAAAUAUGGGAAUCGUGGGCAUAACCAGCCUUGUAUUCAUGAAGAUACACAACGUUGCUUCAUUACAUCCCAGAAUCAUGGCUUUGCUGUAGACCCAAACCAUCUUCCAGGAGAUUGGUCUGUUCUGUUCACCAAUGCUAAUGACCAAUCCAAUGAAGGAAUCAUUCAUAAUACUAAACCAAUUUUCAGCAUCCAGUUUCACCCAGAGCAUAUGGCUGGACCAACAGACCUGGUGGAUCUGUUCGAUAUCUUUUUGGAAUGUGUGCGUGACACAAAGAUGGGCAUUAAUUUAGAUGUAACUGUUAAAGAACGUAUUACUUCCCAUUAUACUUUCAAAAAUGGAACUGAGCAAAGCAUCCCUCCAUCUGGAAGGCUGCGACCUCGCAAGGUCCUUAUCCUUGGAUCAGGUGGGCUGUCUAUUGGUCAGGCAGGGGAGUUUGAUUACUCGGGUUCUCAGGCAAUUAAAGCUCUGAAAGAAGAGAAUGUUCAGUCCGUGCUUAUCAAUCCAAAUAUUGCGACUGUUCAGACGUCCAAAGGACUUGCAGACAAAGUCUAUUUUCUACCGAUUACCCCAGAAUAUGUUACACAGGUCAUAAUGAAUGAACGACCAGAUGGAAUCCUCCUAACAUUUGGUGGACAGACAGCAUUAAACUGUGGCAUCGAGCUUCAGAAAAGGGGAGUUUUGGAAAAGUACAACGUCAGGGUUUUGGGGACUCCAGUUGCUUCUAUUGAGAUGACAGAAGAUAGGAAAAUCUUCGUGGAGAAGAUGGCAGAAAUUAAUGAAUACGUUGUACCUAGCGAAGCUGCUUUCUCAUUAGACCAGGCUCAAGCUGCAGCAGAACGCUUGGGUUACCCUGUUUUGGUGCGGGCUGCCUUUGCUCUGGGUGGACUGGGCUCAGGAUUCGCUCAGAACAAAGAGGAGUUGGUGACCUUAGUGACACAGGCAUUUGCACACACAUCUCAGAUUCUGAUUGACAAGUCUCUGAAAGGCUGGAAGGAAAUCGAAUACGAAGUCGUCAGGGAUGCUUAUGAUAAUUGUAUCACAGUCUGCAACAUGGAAAAUGUGGAUCCACUAGGAAUUCACACAGGCGAGUCGAUUGUUGUUGCACCAAGUCAGACUCUAAAUGACAAGGAAUAUAACAUGCUGAGGACAGCUGCAAUAAAAGUGAUACGACACUUGGGCAUUGUGGGAGAGUGUAAUAUUCAGUAUGCGCUUAGCCCUGAAUCUGAACAGUAUUUUAUCAUUGAAGUGAAUGCUCGUCUUUCUAGAAGCUCUGCUUUGGCCAGUAAGGCAACUGGUUAUCCCUUAGCUUAUGUUGCAGCCAAACUUGGUCUUGGAAUUCCUUUGCCUGUCCUAAGAAAUUCUGUGACAAAUUCUACAACUGCAAACUUUGAGCCUAGUCUGGAUUAUUGUGUUGUGAAGGUACCCCGGUGGGAUCUCAGCAAGUUCUUGCGUGUAAGCACAAAAAUUGGAAGCUCCAUGAAAAGUGUUGGUGAGGUGAUGGCCAUUGGUCGUAAUUUUGAAGAAGCUUUCCAGAAAGCACUGAGAAUGGUGGACGAAAACUGUGUUGGGUUUGAUCAUACUUUGAAGCUGGCUUCUGAUGAAGAUCUUGAAACUCCAACGGAUAAAAGAAUUUUUGUCCUGGCUGCAGCAUUGAGGGCAGGUUAUACAAUUAAUCGUCUCUAUGAGUUGACUAGAAUUGACAAGUGGUUUCUUCAUAAAAUGAAAAACAUUGUGGAAUACUCAAAGAAGCUUGAGUUGUACACAAAGGAUGAAAUGCCUCGUCCUAUUCUUCUGAAAGCUAAACGCCUUGGUUUCUCUGACAAGCAGAUUGCAAUGGCCAUUCAGAGUACUGAGCUGGCAGUGAGACGAUUGAGACAGGAAUGGCAAAUCUUUCCUGUGGUGAAGCAGAUUGAUACCGUAGCAGCGGAGUGGCCUGCUCAAACCAACUAUCUCUAUUUGACGUACAAUGGCGAAGAACAUGACCUCGACUUUACCAAAUCGCAUGUGAUGGUGAUUGGUUCUGGCGUAUACAGGAUAGGAAGCAGUGUCGAGUUCGAUUGGUGUGCUGUUGGAUGUAUCAAGCAAUUACGCAAGAUGGGUUACAAGACAAUAAUGGUGAAUUACAACCCAGAAACAGUCAGUACAGAUUAUGAUAUGUGUGAUCGGCUUUACUUUGAUGAAAUUUCUUUUGAAGUAGUGAUGGAUAUUUAUGAACUGGAAAAUCCAGAGGGUAUCAUCUUGUCAAUGGGUGGGCAGUUGCCAAACAAUAUUGCAAUGGAUCUUCAUCGUCAGCAAUGCCGAAUCUUGGGUACAUCACCAGAAUCCAUUGAUACCGCUGAAAAUCGCUUCAAAUUCUCCCGAAUGCUGGAUACAAUUGGUAUUAGCCAGCCACGGUGGAAGGAACUGUCAGAUACAGAGUCCUCCAAGGAGUUUUGCACAAAAGUCGGCUAUCCGUGUCUCAUCCGCCCGUCUUACGUGCUGAGCGGGGUUGCUAUGAACGUUGCUUAUUCUGACAGCGACCUAGAGAAGUUCCUCAGCAGUGCAGUCGCUGUUUCGAAGGAACACCCUGUUGUCAUUUCCAAAUUCAUUCAGGAGGCCAAGGAGAUUGAUGUGGAUGCAGUGGCCUGUGAUGGAGUGGUGAUAGCAGUAGCUAUUUCAGAGCAUGUUGAAAACGCAGGGGUCCACUCUGGCGAUGCUACACUGGUAACUCCACCACAGGACCUAAAUCAGAAGACAAUGGAACGAAUCAAAGCCAUUGUUUGUGCAAUUGGACAGGAGCUACAAGCCACUGGACCUUUCAAUCUUCAGCUCAUUGCAAAGGAUGAUCAGCUCAAGGUCAUAGAAUGUAACGUGAGAGUUUCACGUUCCUUCCCGUUUGUGUCAAAGACGCUUGGAGUGGAUAUAAUAGCUUUGGCAACACAAGUCAUCAUGGGUGAAGAAGUUGAGCCUGUAGGACUAAUGAGUGGUUCAGGGAUUGUAGGAGUAAAGGUGCCCCAGUUUUCAUUUUCUCGCCUAGCUGGGGCAGAUGUGGUAUUGGGGGUGGAAAUGACAAGCACUGGAGAAGUGGCUUGCUUUGGAGAAAAUCGUUAUGAAGCUUAUCUCAAGGCCAUGUUGAGCACGGGCUUUAAAAUACCAAAAAAGAAUAUUUUGCUUUCCAUCGGCAGCUACAAAAAUAAGAGUGAACUACUAAGUACGGUCCAGUCUUUAGAACAACUUGGGUACAGCCUGUAUGCAAGUCUGGGCACAGCAGAUUUUUAUACCGAGCAUGGCAUUAAGAUUAAGGCGGUGGAUUGGCCAUUUGAAGAUUGUGAUAAUGGUUGUCCUUUGAAAGAGAGGCAAAGAAGUAUUGUAGACUACUUGGAAGAAAAUCACUUUGACUUGGUUAUAAAUCUCUCCAUGAGGAACUCUGGAGGAAGACGUCUUUCUUCAUUUGUUACGAAGGGCUACCGUACCAGACGAUUAGCCAUAGAUUGUUCUGUUCCGUUAAUUACUGACAUCAAGUGCACUAAACUGUUUGUUGAGGCUUUGCGACUGGUCGGGACUAAUCCUCCAGUGAAGACUCACGUAGAUUCCAUGACAUCUCUCAAAUUAAUUCGCUUACCAGGUCUGAUUGAUGUCCACGUACACCUCCGGGAGCCGGGUGGAACACACAAAGAGGACUUUGCUUCUGGCACUGCUGCAGCUUUGGCAGGAGGUAUUACCAUGGUGUGUGCUAUGCCUAACACAAACCCUCCAGUCACAGAUCAGACCUCAUUUGCACUUGUACAGAAGUUAGCAACUGCUGGUGCUCGGUGUGACUUUGCAUUGUAUCUGGGAGCAUCUUUAGACAAUGCCGAUGCUUUACCAUUGAUAAGCAAUUCAGCUGCUGGGUUGAAGAUGUACUUAAAUGACACUUUUUCAACACUCAAAAUGGAUAAUGUAUCCUUAUGGAUGGAGCAUUUUGAGAAGUGGCCGAAGCAUUUGCCUAUAGUUGUACAUGCAGAAAGACAGACUGUAGCAGCUAUUUUAAUGGUUGCUCAGUUAUAUCAGCGACCUGUUCACAUCUGCCACGUAGCUCGGAAGGAGGAGAUCCAGAUUAUACGAGCUGCAAAGCAGAAAGGUGUACAGGUAACCUGUGAAGUAGCUCCUCACCAUCUUUUCUUGAGUGAAGAAGACCUUGGAAGUAUUGGCCAUGGCAAAGGCCAGGUUAGACCAAUGCUUGGCACUAAAGAGGACGUCAAAGCUCUCUGGGAAAAUAUGGAUGUAAUUGACUGUUUUGCGACUGAUCAUGCUCCGCAUUCUGUUGAAGAGAAGAAUAGUGACACGCCACCACCAGGUUACCCUGGUUUAGAGACCAUGUUGCCACUACUCCUCACAGCCAUCAGUGAGGGAAGACUCACCAUUGAUGAUCUAAUUAAAAGGCUGUAUGAAAAUCCCCGGAAAAUCUUUUCAUUGCCAGUUCAAGAAAACACUUAUGUUGAGGUUGAUCUGGAGCAAGAAUGGAUUAUUCCAGCACACAUGCAGUUCACAAAGUCUAAAUGGACACCAUUUGAAGGAAAGAAAGUGAAGGGAAGAGUCAGCAGAGUUGUACUGAGAGGUGAAGUGGCCUACAUUGAUGGACAGGUGCUGGUUCCCCCAGGCUAUGGACAGGAUGUGAGGGCCUGGCCAAUGGGUGUCUCAUUGCCACCACAACCACCACCACCACCUAGUGCAGUAAAGACUCCAGAACAUUCAAAACAUUCUGCUCAGACUGAAACAAUCCGAACCAGGCCAGCAAGCCCACGUAGACUGGCAAGUAGUGGCCCUGCUGUGGAUGCUAGGUUCCAUCUGCCCCCAAGAAUCCACCGCUCUUCUGAUCCUGGACUGUUAAAUGCUGAAGGGGAAUUCAAGGAAAAAACUGUCAAGAAAUUCAUCGAACAAGAUACCAUGAGCCAGGAUGGUUAUGUUUAUCCUCCUCCAGUCUCGAGGCUUCUGUCACCACAGAAUCUUGCAGCACAAGCUGUCCCUCAUCCAUAUUCUCCUCUUUUACAUUCUUUUGUUGGACAGCAUGUUCUGUCAGUUAGACAGUUUACGAAAGACCAGUUGUCACAUUUGUUCAAUGUUGCUCAUAACCUGCGUUUAACAGUGCAGAAAGAUCGUAGCCUGGAUAUUCUAAAGGGUAAGGUUAUGGCGUCCAUGUUUUACGAGGUCAGCACAAGAACUAGUAGCUCCUUUGCAGCUGCUAUGCAACGGCUUGGUGGUUCUGUCGUUCAUUUUUCUGAAGCAACUUCAUCUGUGCAGAAAGGGGAGUCUCUCUUAGACACGGUACAUACAAUGAGUUGCUAUGUGGAUGUGGUUGUUCUUCGCCAUCCUGAACCGGGUGCAGUUGAGCUUGCUGCUAAAAAUUGCCGAAAGCCUAUUAUUAAUGCUGGAGAUGGAGUGGGUGAGCAUCCAACUCAGGCUCUGCUUGAUAUUUUCACUAUUCGUGAGGAGCUGGGGACUGUCAAUGGAAUGACGAUUACAAUGGUUGGAGACCUGAAGCAUGGACGGACCGUACAUUCUCUAGCCUACCUUCUCACAUUAUAUCGCGUGAAUCUCCGAUAUGUUACUCCCAAAAAUCUCCGGAUGCCCCAAAAUAUUGUUCAUUUUCUUGAAUCCAGAGGAAUUAAGCAGGAGGAAUUUGACAGUUUGGAAGAGGCCCUACCAGACACUGAUGUAUUAUACAUGACUAGGAUUCAGAAAGAAAGAUUUGCCUCCGAAGAAGAAUACGAAGCGUGUUUUGGACAAUUUAUCCUCACUCCUCACAUUAUGACCAGAGCCAAGAAAAAGAUGGUAGUUAUGCAUCCUCUGCCGCGAGUGAAUGAAAUUAGUGUGGAAGUUGAUUCUGACCCACGGGCAGCUUACUUCCGUCAGGCUGAAAAUGGCAUGUAUGUAAGGAUGGCUCUACUUGCAACAGUUCUUGGCAAAUUUUGAAACCGUCGACCAACUGAGAUAGCAAGGAAAAGGUUAUGUAUAAGAGAAAAACCAAAAGCGUAUUGAUUAUAAGAUGCGAUGUUUCCUGGGUGACCAUAGGUCAAAUGUUAUUUUUGAGCUCUUGGCUAUCGACUUGAAAUGUCCAAACGUACAGGACGAAUUUCAAACCAUGGAUUUGCUGCCUUAUAGUAACUCAGCAUUUUUACCUAUGUAUCUGACUUCCUGGGAAAAAAAGUCCACUGAGACAAAUUUAUAUGGUUUCAAGUAUUCUGUUUUACUGCUGCUAUUGUUUAGUGGGCUAGGGUAAUUUUCACUUCUCCAAAAAUGUGAAAUUUUGUGACUUGCAGAGGCACAAGUGCUGUAGUCCCUAAGGUAGUGGAUACUUUGGGUCUUUUUUUUAGAGCAUUCUCCAUAUAUCAAAGCAACUGGCUUUUAAUGUUACACACAUCCUUAAAAUUGCAGCUGUUUAAAAUUAAAACAAAACUGCUUGACAGUAAAGCUAAUGUAGUGAACUUGCUAUUUAUGACUGUAAAUAUUCAAGAUUGUAAACUUGUAUCAUUUUUCUGUUACUUUAUUGGAGUAAUGUACCUGGUUGUACUUGGUGAAAGAUAAAACAAAUUGGAAUAUGGUAUAUACACCAUGUUGUACUGUACUUUUAAGGUCGCUGAGUUUAAAGCUGUCAAACCAAGAAAAAUAUCCUUUAUGAAGAUCUCCCUUAUUUAAAAUGGAGACCAGUUCUGGAGAUUACUUAAUUGUCGACCUGCAAAAAUGCCUAUAUUCACAAUAUGGUUACAAAGCACAAUUACUUUACCUUGUGAAGCUUGAAACUUCAGAUUUGCUUUUGAGUUUUAAUGUACUGCAAAGUUACCCAAGAAACACUGAUUCAUAUUACUACUCUCAUACAACUACAUAACUAUUUCUUAAUCUAUUAAUAAGCUGGGAAUGUGUAAAUUAAUUUACAAUACUACUGUCUUGUAUUAACUGGAAACAGGAUGGUUUGGCAGCUAACUGCAUCUUCUGAUAAACUUUAAAGUGCAGCAUCUUACUGUAAUAACGUGGCUGCUAGACCAAUAACAAGAGUUUUGUUUCAGGUAAAUCGGUCAGUUACAAACCUACAGAUUCAUGGUUUUAAAAAAACAUGACUCUUCCACCAGUAGAAAUACAACUGACUGAUUUACUUGAGACAAAUUCAUGGUUUUAUUGACAUUCUAUCUGAAAAGAUCAUCUGGACGUAUAAAAUGUUAAUCUGCUGAAACAUUAUGUAGCCAAUUGUUAUUGAUUGCGGGACUUGCUUUUAAAAGAAAACAUUUUUUUUGUAGGAUUACCUUUUUUUGCUAUCUGUUGUGAACGUUUUAUUCGCAGAAAACAUUCUGAUAAUUGUUAACAGCUUAUUUUUUUAACUGAAUUGUCUCCAAUAAAGUUUAUUGUACUAAA